AACAUAUCAACAGAUGAUCAGAAACUGAUCCACCCUCUUAAAACACUCACCAGGAAGAGACUCAUUAUUUCACUCUUUUCUCUCAGACUGACGCUUUUCUGAAUUUCAGGACAAAAUAAAAAAGGAAUCAGCGAUCAACGAAGAACAAAGGGACAAAUUUUCAAGAAGGAUUUUUGAGUUGAGAUCAGACCAUAAUCGUGGUUACACAUUUUUAUUUUUCAGCGUUCAAAAAGAAAAAGUAAAGAUUGCUGGAGCUCAAUCAGAGGAAAUGGAUUCACAAGCUGAAUAUGAUUAUAUUUGUCCUGUGUGUUGUGAUAUUUUCACGGAUCCUGUUGUUUUAUCAUGUAGUCACAGCUUCUGUAAAGAGUGUCUUCAACAGUUCUGGAGAACCUCGAAAACUCAGGAGUGUCCCGUCUGCAGGAGAAGAUCCUCAAGAGAUGAACCUCCAGUUAGUCUCGCGUUAAAAAACUUGUGUGAGUCGUUCCUGAAGGAGAGAAAUGAGAGGCGUUCAUCAGGAUCUGAGGAGCUCUGCAGUUUACACAGUGAGAAACUCAAACUCUUCUGUCUGGAGGACAAACAGCCGGUGUGUGUAGUGUGUAGAGAUUCACAGAAACACAUCAAUCACACAUUCAGACCCAUCAGUGAAGUGGUUUCAUCAUAUAAGGAGGAGCUCAAUACAGCACUGAAAUCAUUACAGGAGAAAAUUCAACACAAUGAAAACAUUAAAGGAGAGUUUGAGAAAACAGUUGAACACAUCAAGUCUCAAGCUGAGCACACAGAGCGUCAGAUUAAACAGCAGUUUGAGAAGCUUCAUCAGUUUCUCAGAGAUGAAGAAGAAGCUACAAUCACUGCACUGAGGGAGGAAGAGGAGCAGAAGAAGCAGAUGAUGAAGGAGAAGCUGGAGGAGAUGAACAGACACAUCUCAGCUCUUUCACACACAAUCAAAGACAUGGAGGAGAUGAUGAAAGCCAGUGACGUCUGCUUUCUGAAGGAGUUUCCAGUCUCAAUGGAAAGAGUCCAGAUCUCAUCACAGCCGGAUCCACAGACGCCUUCUGGAGCUUUGAUUCAUGUGCCACGUUACUUGGGCAACCUGCCCUUCAGAGUCUGGAAGAAGAUGCAGGACAUCGUCCAGAACACUCCUGUGAUUCUGGAUCCAAACACGGCUCAUCGAUAUCUCCUUCUGUCUGAUGAUCUGACCAGUGUGAGAUACAGCGAGAAAUAUCAACCUGUUCCUGAUAAUCCAGAGAGAUUUGACUGGUAUCGCUGUGUUCUGGGUUCAGAGGGUUUUAACUCAGGAACACACUGCUGGGAUGUGGAGGUUAAAGACAGUCGAUACUGGAUUCUUGGAGUAACUGCAGCAUCAAACCAGAGGAAGGGACGUGAUUUCUAUAAGACUGAUGUCUGGUGUGUGUGGUACGGAGUGUCUCCAGGUUCUGGUUUUCAUGUUAAUCAGCAGCUUGAUCGUGUGAGAGUGAAUCUGGACUAUGACAGAGGAACGGUGUCAUUCUCUGAUCCUGUAACUAACACACAUCUACACACAUUCACAACCUCCUUCACUCACACACUCUUUACUUUCUUUGAAAGUCUUGACUUUCUGAGGAUCUUAGCAAUCAAUAGUCAGUAAUCUGUAGCUCUGGAUCUUCCUGCUUUUAUCUUUCAUCAUAUUUCAAAAUUUAAUCCAGAUCACAAAUUUCACUAUUAUUUGUAUAACGCUUUUAAUAAUGCGAAUUGUGUCAAAGCAGCUUUACAUCAGCUUAAUAUAAAGCUGGGUGGCUUUACAUCAGCUUUACAGUAUUAAGACAGGGAAAUAGUGUGUCAAAAUAGUGUCAUUCUCCUCUGGCCAGCAGUUUAAAAUCAGCAGUUUAACCCUCUGGGGUCCGAGGUCGUUUUGGGGCCCUUGAGAUGUUUUGACAUGCCCUGAUAUUUGUGCUUAUUUCAGCUACUUAAAACAUACUAUUGACCAACAUGUAUUUUUGUUUGUAUUCAGCACAAACUGUGCUACAAUAAUAUGUGACCAAGAUGGAUGUACAUGUUUGCAUUUUUUAGAAAAAAAAAUAUUAUGUGUGGUUAGUAAGUUUUGGGAAAAACAAUGUAGCUGAAAUAAGGCCUUAAAUCCCAUACUAAAUAGUUCUGAAUAAGACUUUUGAGUAAUCAGUUUUGUAGCCUAGAAUAUUUACUUCAAAAUUAUGUGAAAAUCAUUCUGCUUACUCAUUCACAGAAAACAAUAUAUUGAUUACAUUUUUCAAGACAUGUUUUGUGAUCGAAAGACUAUAUGCGAGGGAGUGGCAAUGGCCUUGAAUAUUAACAUCUGGAGAAGACAAAAGCUGAGACAAAUCCAGCAUUACUGUAAUAGUAAAAAAAAAUGUAAAGAUACAAUUGUAUUUGCUAUAGAGUUAAACUUAAUUGGAAAGUCUAUGCAUAUAAUAGCAUAUAUGCUGUUUUUUUGUUUUUUUAUUAUUGUUGUUUUUUGGAGUAUUGAUAUUUUGGCUGUAUUUUUCUCCAUAUUGUUGUUAAAUUGUUUUGCAUUUCUGAAAGUAAAUUGUAAACCCGAAUUUAUUUUUAGUUAUUUUUUAUUUUAUUUGGAUGUCUUGUUAGAAUUGUAUAUGUUUCUGU